AUAAUCAUUAAACGCACUUCUAAACAAGUGUUUUCCCGAUUUCUUCAUUCUUUAUUUUUCUUCAUUUUUGCUUGUUUUGUUAUUAGCAAUCGAUAGUAGUGAUUUCAUCAGACAUUUUUUUUUGCAGUUCAUUUUUUGGCAGUCUUAAGCGAUGAUGGCAUGAUCAUUAAGUUUAUCUGGCAUAUUGAAUGAUGUGAUCAACAUCCUUAUAUCUUGAUCUUAACAAAAUAAUAAAAAAAACGAAGAUUGCCAGCUUGUCAUUUUCAUUUCAUUUCAUUCAUUUGUGAUUCAUUCAUCGUCGAUACUUGAAGCAAUCCUCAAUUCAGAAAUUUUUUUCAAAAAUUAUAAUUUCUGCUGUUCUUUUUUCUAAUUUUUAUUCGUUAUUCGAAAUCGAAAAAUUCCAAUAGAAAUUCCAAUCAUGCAAACAUUACAUAAUACUGGUCGUACAAUAUUGACGACAAUUUUAUUGAGUGAAAAAUCCUCAUCAACCAUCAAUUCAUCAAUGAUACGGUUAUUAUCUAAACGUUUUUUAGCUCGUAUGUUAUCUGAUCCAGAAAAUAAAGGUUCACAACAACGUCAUGUUAAUUUUGAUACACUUGGUACAUGGGAUAAUCGUAUUGAUUUUUCAUUAUUAUUACAACAAAGUAUCAAACAUGGUAAACCAAUACCAAAAAUUAGUGUUAAUAAUAUUGGUCAUGCAAAUGUUAUUGGACGACGAUUACAAAAUGAAGAUUAUUGCAAUGCCAUGGAAAUCAAACCAAAUAUGAUUUAUUUUGCUAUAUUUGAUGGUCAUGGUGGUGAUAUUUGUGCCAGAUUCUGUAAUGAACAUUUACCUGAACAUAUUAAAUUCUGGAUUGAACGUGGUGAAACAAAUCUAGAAAUUGUUUUACAAAAUGCCUUCACAGAAGUGAAUAAUUCAUUUGCACGUUAUAUAACUUAUACAAAAAAUGAUGGUUAUAAUAAUGAACGUAGUACAUCCGGUACAACAGCUACUGUUUGCCUAUUACAUAAUAGUACAAAAUUAGUUGUUGCAUAUGUUGGUGAUAGUCGUAUGUUUCUUUGUCGUGAUGGUCAAUGUAUUAAAUUAACUAAUGAUCAUACGGCUAAUGUUAAAGCAGAAAAAGAUAGAAUUAUAAAUUCCAAUGGAUUUAUUAAAUAUGAUAGUCUUGGUCGUGGAUUAAUUAAUGGACGAUUAGCAAUGACACGUAGUAUUGGUGAUUUAGAUCUUAAACCAUUUGGUGUAAUUGCAUUACCCGAUACCAGAACAUAUGAGAUAAAACAUGGUCGUGAUUCAUUUGUGGUAUUGACAACAGAUGGUAUUACCGAUGUAAUGAAUGAUCGUGAAAUUGUAAAUGCAGUAAAAAGUUGUCAACAACCAAAUGAAGCAGCAAAAUUUUUAACUGAUCAAGCAUUACAUUGUUCAUGUGAUGAUAAUGCAACAGCAUUAGUUGUACCAUUUGGUGCAUGGGGUAAAUAUCGUAAUCAUCGACAAACAUAUAAUCAAUUCUUUAGUUUUGGACGUCAAUUACAGAAUAGUGCUAGAUUCUAGUAAACAAAA